AUGUUGGCAAAACUCGUCAACCACUGCCAGACUACUCUCAACUACUCGCAUGUGCCAACGUAUCUUUGGACCGAUUCAUCAAUCACGCUCACGUGGAUACACUCGCACCCGUCUCGCUGGAAAGACUUUGUCAGGAAUAGGGUGUCAUUUAUUCAAGAACUCAUUCCAGAUGGCCACUGGAAGUUUGUCCCUGGCACUGACAAUCCAGCAGAUUGUGCAACUCGAGGCUUGACAACCAGUCAGCUUAAAACUAAUCAACUAUGGUGGUCUGGCCCAUCAUGGUUGCUCGAAGACUCGCCGUCCUGGCCAACCAGUCCCAUUCAUAAAGAUGCAGAUACUCACCUGGAAGAACGUCCAGUCAAAUCACUCUAUGUUUCGGCUCAACCACUCAACUCGUCUUGGACGCUAAUGGAACGUCCAAUCCCACUGUUGCGCAUGCUCAGAGUUACAGCAAUUUGUGGGAGGGUACGCGACAUGAUCAAACGCAUACCACACUCGACUCUUGCUCGUCCACUCACAUCAACUGAAAUCAACCUCGCACUCCAGUUCUGCAUCAAGGAAACUCAACGUAUUCAUUUCUACUCUGAACUCCAAUUACUCGCAAAACAGGCAUCAUGGCCAAAGGAUCACCCAUUUGCUCGGUUGGUGGCUUAUCAAGACACCGAUGGCAUCAUCCGAGUAGGGGGGAGAUUGGAAAAUGCUCCAAACUCAGAUCAACAGAAGCAUCCUGCAAUUCUACCUCGUGAUGCUGCUCUAACUCGACUCGUCAUCUCUGAUGCCCAUCAGCGUACCAUGCAUGGUGGUACUCAACUCACACUCGCUCAUACUCGACUCCGAUACUGGAUCAUUGGUGGACGUCAACCAGUACGUUCACACAUACUCAAAUGUCUCGUCUGUGCUCGUCAUCGAGGUGUUCGGGCUCAGCAAUUAAUGGGACAACUCCCAACUCAACGUGUCACUCCAGCGCCACCAUUUUCUCACACUGGAGUCGAUUACGCUGGUCCAGUAUCAAUCAAAUCAUGGAAAGGUCGAGGAUCCAGGAUAUACAAGGGCUGGAUCUGUGUGUUUGUCUGUCUGACCACAUCAGCAGUUCACGUCGACCUUGUCAGCGACUACUCAUCAUCAGGAUUCAUAGCAGCUCUCCGACGGUUUAUUCACCGUCGAGGGGUAUGUACAGCGCUCUACAGCGACUGUGGAACAACAUUCCAAGGCGCAUACUCUAAACUCAAGCGGCUCUUCACUCAAGGCACUCAAGAAUCUCAUGCUCUACUCGAUUGGGCCACUGUGCAUCAAAUCACAUGGCACUUCAAUCCCCCUGCUGCUCCCCAUAUGGGUGGUAAAUGGGAAGCCGCAGUGAAAUCGGUGAAACACCACCUGACUCGCACACUCGGAGAAUCAGCCUUCACGUUUGAAGAACUUACGACUCUUUUAACGCAAGUGGAGGGGAUUUUGAACUCGAGACCAUUGGAGGCUCUAUCCGACGAUCCUCAGGAUCCUUCAUCGCUCACUCCAGGUCAUUUUCUCAUUGGGAGACCAAUCGUUGCGAUCCCUGAACCUUCACUCAUGGAUACAGAAGUAUCAAGAAUCUCUCGCAAAAGUGACUGCACUCCAUCCAGGAAAGGACAACCUCACUCGAGUGGUAACCAUUCAAACAGCCACUGGUACUCUCACUUGUCCAAUUGCCAAGCUCGCACUCUUACCACUUGCUCCAGAACCAGAUGCUCAACUCAAUGGCAGUCUACUCAUCAAUCAUCAGGUGCUCAAGAUCAUAAUCAGCAACUCUGUUCCUGA